AAGAACUGAAACAACAGUUAAACAACUGUUUGUUUAUGUUCAAAGUAGUUCUGAACUAAAUUAGCAACACUAAUUUGAACUAACGGACAGAACGCUUUUUACAAACCGCUAACAAACACCUCCGGUAACGGAAGCACCGCCGGUAACGGAAGCAGUAACCGUAGAGCAGAGCUGUGGCACACCGGCAAACCAAGUUAACAUGUCCACAGGGUGGAGAGGUUUUCUGGAGGAGAGGUUGGGUGCUGGUGCGGAGGACAUAUGUGCGCUGUUGGAGAGCACCAUAGCGGACUUUGAGGAGGAGCUGCGCCGCUCCAAACACGAGAACCAGCGGCUCCAGCGGCUCCUGAACUCGGCUCUGAGGGUCCUGAGCCCGAGAGUCGUGCUCGUCAGAACCGCUGUCCAGCUCCCCUCUCUGAGUCCUGGUCUGACUCCACACAUUAAAGAAGAACCCAGCAUCAAACAGGAGAAAGAUCAGCUGCAACUGUCUGUCCGUGAAGUGUGGUCACUGUCUGCGAGCGUGAAGACAGAAGAGUCCUCACUGCUUCAACAAAGACAAACUGAGCAGAGAGAAGACACACAGGUAGAGGACAUCAGAGCAGAGACACAUAUCCACUCAGAGACUGAGGGAGACACAGAGCACUCUUCUGACACUGACAGUGAUGAAGACUGGAGACCUCCACUCAGCUGUUCACCUGCACACAUCGACACAGGGGCUGAUGGAGACAAAUCUGCACCAGAGACCAGAGCCACUGUGAACAAUGGAAACAUGUCAGGAACUGGCGAAGGAGCUGAGGGCAGGAAACACAUGUGCUCUGUUUGUAAAGCAAGAUUUGGCUCUAAAUAUAAACUAAAAAAACACAGGAGAGUUCACACAGGAGAAGAAUUCAGGUGUUCAGUCUGUAAGAAAAUGUUUGCUAUAAGCUCUUAUCUCAAAACACAUAUGAGGACACACACGGGGGAGAAACCAUUCAGCUGUUUGGUCUGUAAGAAAGCGUUUGCUGUAAGAUGUUCUCUCAAAACACAUAUGUGGACACACACGGGGGAGAAACCAUUCAGCUGUUUGGUCUGUAAGAAAGCGUUUGCUGUAAGAUGUUCUCUCAAAACACAUAUGAGGACACACACGGGGAAGAAAUCAUUCAGCUGUUUGGUCUGUAAGAAAGUGUUUGCUCAAAGCAAUCAUCUCAAAACACAUAUGAGGAUACACACAGGGGAGAAACCAUUCAGCUGUUCAGUCUGUAAGAAAGUGUUUGCUCAAAGCAAUCAUCUCAAAACGCAUAUGAGGAUACACACACGGGAGAAACCAUUCAGCUGUUCAGUUUGUAAGAAAGUGUUUGCUGUAAAAUGUCAUCUUAAAAUACAUAUGAGGACACACACGGGGGAGAAACCAUUCAGCUGUUCAGUCUGUAAGAAAGUGUUUGCUGUAAAAUAUCAUCUUAAAAUACAUAUGAGGACACACACGGGGGAGAAACCAUUCAGCUGUUCAGUCUGUAAGAAAGUGUUUGCUCAAAGCAAUCAUCUCAAAACACAUAUGAGGAUACACACAGGGGAGAAACCAUUCAGCUGUUCAGUUUGUAAGAAAGUGUUUGCUCAAAGCAAUCAUCUCAAAAUACAUAUGAGGACACACACGGGGGAGAAACCAUUCAGCUGUUUGGUCUGUAAGAAAGUGUUUGCUGUAAAAUGUGAUCUUAAAACACAUAUGAGGAUCCACACAGGGGAGAAACCAUUCAGCUGUUCAGUCUGUAAGAAAGUGUUUGUUAAAAGCUCUCAUCUCAAAACACAUAUGAGGAUCCACACAGGGGAGAAACCAUUCAGCUGUUCAGUCUGAAAGUGUUUGUGUAAAAUGUAAUCUCAAGAGACAUAUGAGCACACACCAUAGAGUGUAUAUAUAAAUGGACAUAACUAACUCUCUAGCCGCCACGUUCUAAAUAGGAAGUUCAAGUGCACAUACUGACCCUGGUUUCUAUUGAUUUACAUUGGAAGAUUGGAUUUUGGUGUUUUUUAUGGUGUUUUGUAUGUUUUUAAAAAAAAAAAUCCCAGUCUAUGGGACACACACAGGAGGAUUCAGCUGUUAGAAAAUGAUGCAAGGAAGCAUCAUCUCACUUCACAAGACAGAAGACAGAGAGAGAGAGAGAGAGAGAGAGAGAGAGAGAGAGCUUACAGCUGAUCAGCCUGUAAGAACAUGUUUUAUGUCAGGAGUUCUCUGCAUAUAGAAGGACACAAAAAAUCUAUUCAUCUGUACACCUUUUUCUUUUUGCUAGUGAGGAAUUUGGUAUUUUUCUGUACUAUGAUCAGAUUUGAGCUGUGGAGGAUUGAAUACAUCACUUCUAUGGCUCAUUUUAGAUACAAACUAACUACUAAAGUAAUUAAUUCUCCUUUUUAUUUACUGUAUUGCAGUUUGUGUUUUUGUAAAUUUAUUGUACAUUUACAAUCGUUUUAGGGAUAAACCUGCUGUUGUGUCAGUGGCACAAAUUGGUUUCAGUCUUGUCAUUUAUUGUCUGUAUUUUCUUGUGUAAUCUGGACAGGCUUAUUCAUUUGUUCAGCCUGUUAGGACGGUUUUAUGUGUACAUGUAUAUUCUCUGUUACAAAAUCACAUUUGUUGAAUGAGUUUAUUUUUUACUUUUUGUCCCAAUUUGAUUCUGUUUUAUCUUUGAAUCUGAAUAUAUGUCAAUAGAAUCUGUAUGUAUGUAUAACAACUAAUAAACCUAAUCAGUUCA